AUGAUUUUCGUCACUCGCCCGCCUUUUCCUCGACAAGACCGAGAUGAUCGCAAUAUUCUGUGUUUCUUGGAAGAAAUUCCUACCGAAACUCAACCAAAUCCCCAUCUGGAGCACACUCGACAAAUCCCGCGAUUCAGUUUUGCGAAAAACGACAGAAACUCGGCAUUUCGAAAUUUCGAGACCCCGAUGUUGCUGCUAGUGCUGUGCCUGAUAGUGCAUUCCUCAAAUGGUCAACUCUUGACCGAGCCAACAACCACAGUCACGACGACGACGACGACCAUCGCUCCCACGACGACGGUGUUCACGACGACGCCCAGCUCAACGAAUGGAACAAGCAAUCGACCGGUGAUCAUUGUGGGAUUGCUUUUCGUGGAGGGGAUUCGUGAUCUUCAAUACGUGAUCGGCUACGAGUCGAGUGCGGGCGCGUUGCUGGUGGCUGAGGAUCGGAUUCGGGCCGAGCAUUUGCUUGAUGGAUACGAUUUUCAAUACGUCGUCGAUUUCGACAAUUGCAUUGAGGCACAAGCUGUCGGUUUGUCCGUCGAUUUGAUCACGAAACAAAACGUGAACAUUAUCAUCGGACCAACGUGCAAUGCUCCAGCGAUUGCAUCGGCUGUACUGGCUUCCUACUAUGACACUCCGAUUUUCACUUGGGGACUCACUACAUCGUCCGAUUUGGCAAAUGUUGACCGUUUCCCGUCAACGAUCAUCCUUGUGCCAAAUUGGUUUCACCUCUCAAUCGCCAUGCUGUCUACAUUUCACGAGUUAGGCUGGCACGAGUUCGCUUUCAUCUAUUCAACCCUUUUCGAUGAAGAUCAAUGUCCAUAUUUUAAAAGUGAUCUUCAAGAUGCAGUGACCGAGUAUGGGAACACAGUGAUCACGAAUUAUAUGGCCGAGUUGAAAGAUUUCUCGAAUGCUUCCAUUCAGCUGCUUUUCUCUGAGAUUAAUCAACGAGCAAGGAUUGUUGUCGUUUGUGCCGCUGCUGGAUACGGCUUACAGAGAAAGCUAAUGUUAGCAGCUUCGGAUGCUGGGAUGACGACAGAAGACUGGGUUUGGGUUUUCCCAUCAAUUUCGAGUCAAACUUAUGAUACGACAAGUCUUUCGACUGGCGCCUCGACGAAAAUCUGGACGUCGAAUCCACCCGACGGGCGAGACGACGCAGCGCGCGACGCUUUCACGAGAACAAUUAUUCUCACCGAAGCCACCGCACAAGGCACCGACUAUGCAGCUUUUGGGAAAGAGGUGAUUGCAAAGAUGGCACUUCCGCCGUUUAACUGUCAAACGUGCUCGAAUCAAACGGUCUCUACCGGAGCCGGGCAUCUGCACGACGCUUUUUACAUCUACGCUAACGCAAUGAACAAAUCGUUAAGCCAAAACGAGGACGCGUUGAAUAACGGAACGGCUUUGUUGAUUAACGCUGCCGGGACAUAUCAGGGCAUAAAUGGGAACAUUACUGUCGCCAGCAAUGGUGGAGUGCAACCAAAAUUUGUCCUCGCCGCUCUCACUCCCAGCUAUGAUACAGGGAUUUUCUGGCAAAUCGAGUUAAUCAACGGGAUUAUUCCGAAUAUCACCAAAUUCAAUCCAUCGAUUCGUCAAAUUUUUGCUUUCUAUUCGGAUGCACCCGAUGACACACCGACUUGCGGUUUUAAUGGAAAAAAUUGUUCGACAAACAUCUUCCUCGAGUACCUUGGCUGGUUCAUUGCCGGCAUUAUCGCCAUCAUUGUAACGAUUUGCUGCGCAAUUCUUGGCGUCAUCAUGGCAAUUCGAGCUCGUUUAGAAGAGAAACGGCGGUUGAACUCGCUCUGGCGAGUGCCUUACGUUGAAUUGUCGGAGAUUCGGCAAGGAGGGAGUAAAGCCGAAACACAAUCGAUGAUUUCACUUCAAUCGGAUAAAUCGGGAUCGAGGAGUGAAUGGUCAAACAAGCUGUCGAUCGAGUCUAAAUUAUCGGUUCACGGAAAUCACGUUUUUUUCUUCUAUCAAAAAGAGCCAAUUCUUGCAAUUCCGCAUGAGAGUCUUGUGCGGUUUGAUGAAGAAGAUGCACAUGAAUUUCGAUAUAUGCGCAAUAUCGAGCAAGAUAAUCUGAAUCGUUUUAUUGGACUCUCGAUUGAUGGCCCGAAGAUCUACUCGCUUUGGCGUUUCUGUCAUCGCGGGAGUCUUACUGACACGAUCACACGUGGCUCGAUGCCGCUCGACGGCUUUUUCAUCUAUUCACUUUUGUUGGAUUUGGUUAAUGGCCUCUUCUACAUUCACAAUUCUUUUUUGAAAUGCCAUGGACAACUCACUUCAAGAAAUUGUCUCAUAGAUGAUCGAUGGCAAUUGAAAAUCUCGCAAUACGGUCUCUCCUCGCUUCGCAGUGCUAACACUAAACGUGAAGAAUUACUUUGGACAGCUCCAGAGCACCUCCGCGACUUCUCGGUGAUCGGCUCACAGCCUGGGGAUAUCUAUUCGAUGUCGAUCAUCGCUGCGGAGUUGGUGGGGAAAACGAGUCCGUGGAACCUCGAGAAUCGCACCGAAUCGGCGGAGGAAGUGGUGCAUAUGGUGUCGAAAGGUCUAGCACCACCGAUGCGACCGCAUCUUUUCCCGCCUGAAGGGGUCGAGUUGAGUCAGUCAAUGCUCUUGCUCAUUCGUGAUUGUUGGGAUGAGAUCCCGGGGAAACGUCCGGACAUCAACAUCGUUCGCACAAUGCUUCGAAAUAUGCACAAUGGAAAGCAGAAAAAUCUUAUGGAUCACGUGCUGCAAACACUGGAAGAACACGCAGAAAGCCUCGAACGUGAGGUGGAAGGCCGAACAAAAGAGCUGAUCGAUGAGAAGAAAAAGAGCGACUUGCUGCUGUAUCGAAUGUUGCCUAAGCAAGUGGCUGAUCGGCUCAAGUUGGGGCAACCGAUUGAUCCAGAGGGCUUUGACAGUGUCUCGAUUUUCUUCUCUGACGUCGUCGGGUUCACAUCGAUCGCCUCUAGGUGUACGCCGUUACAGGUUGUCAAUUUGUUAAACGGUUUGUACACGAUUUUCGAUGGGAUAAUCGAAAAACAUGAUGCAUAUAAAGUUGAAACAAUUGGUGAUGGGUAUUUAUGUGUCUCCGGUUUACCACAUCGAAACGGAAAAAGGCAUAUAAAAGAGAUUUGCGACAUGUCUCUUGAGUUAAAUAACGAGCUACGAGGCUUCCGAGUUCACCAUCUCCCUGACGUCAUCGUGCAGAUUCGAGUCGGCGUACAUACUGGACCUUGUGUAGCUGGUGUGGUUGGGUUGACGAUGCCAAGAUAUUGCCUUUUUGGAGACGCUGUCAACACUGCUUCUCGGAUGGAAAGUAAUGGAAAACCUGCCAUGAUCCAUUUGAGUCCUGAGGCCAAACAGGCAGUCGUCGACUAUGGCGGAUAUGUGACAGAAAGCCGUGGAGAGGUGAUCAUCAAGGGUAAAGGCGUCAUGGAGACUUUCUGGUUGAUCGGCAAGAUUGGCGAGCCGCCCGAGGAUCGCUGGGCAGAGCCGCCCCGUCCACCACCUCCACAAACACAUACGUUAUCCCCGCCACCAGCAAUUUCUUCGCUUCAAUCAUCGUCAAUGUACGUCGACUAUUUGAACUCGACG